GUAUCGGCCGACCUGAAGAACUGCUGUAUAUAACAGAAUACAAUCAUUAAUUUAUCUUCCAAAUUCUCGCAUGGACAUAAGCAACGAGUUCUGCUACAGAGUGGGAAUACAGCUGCGUGGACAACGCAGCUAGGCCUUCAAGAAUCACUGUAGCAGCCACCGCCAUGUACAAAGUUAUCAACUUCCCUAGAUGUUGCCUUGUGUGUUCAGGUCCCCCACAAACUCCACCAGAAAUUUGUGCAUAGUGACUUGACAAGAUGUUUGGGUUUAUGAAAAAAGAUAAGGACAAGGAGGAUGAGAAGAAGAAGAAAAAAGAUAAAAAAGACAGGAAAGAAUCAAAACGUUCCAAAGAUCGGGCCACACUUACUCUAGAUGAACUCAAGAGGUUGGACGAAGCGAGACGCAGCCUCAUAGGCAAGGGACGUAAAAAGAAAGAUGACAAACUACCUAGCGGCAUUACUGCUGAUUACAUGGAACAGUUCAGAUCAGGGCUAGGUAAUGAUCAGUCAGAAGUAGAUCUAACUUCUGCUGGUACUUUUAAAGAGCUUCGAGAGCGAUAUGAAGCUAUGGCAUCAGCUUCAAGCCUCCACAGUGAUUCUAGUAGUGAUGGAAUUUCACUUCGUUCAGGCAUUGGACUGCCACCUAGACCUCCAAAACGUGGAAUCUUGAAAGGGAAAAUGGAUUUAGAGAAUACAGAAUACCAUGGUGUUAAAGGAGACAUAGAUGAUGAAGGUAACCUCUUAGAAAAUACAAUGCAAAAUGAACUUAUUAUGUAUGAAAAUCUCCGUCAAGAACGAGAGAUGGUAGAAGCACAGAGAUCGUCUGUUACAUCCUUAACUAGUGCAAGACGAGUGUCCAAUGGGUCUGGUCCUAUAAGUCCUCGCAGUCCCCCUCAGCAGCUAAUGAGUCCUUUGCGACAACCUCAUCCAAAAGUGGUGGUGGAGCGUAGUCCUGUAGAUGCGUUUGAGCAUCCUAAAAGCCCUCCAGCCACUCCCACUAGUCCUAUACCUGUGGGUGAGAGUGUUGGCCAUCAUCAUACCAAAACAUUUGCUGCUGACUUGAGACUUCCUGCCUUAGUACCUGCUCAGCCACCAGCACCACGCACCCUUACUAUCGAUCGAUCACCAGCUGGGGACUUCGGAUUUUCUCUGAGAAGAGCACAGGUUGUCGAACGUAGCCCUGAUAACACAGAAACACGGCGUACUAUUGUGUUUGCUGAGCCAGGAGCUGUAGGCCGCGCCAAUGUAACUGGGCUGCUUCCUGGUGAUCGGCUCUUGCAAGUGAAUGGUAUUAGUGUAGAAAAUAAAAUAAGGGAUGAAAUUAUUGAGCUUAUCAAGGCAUCACCCAACUGUGUCACCUUAGUGGUAAGUACUUCUAUUACUUCUCAUUUAUCUUGUCUUUAGCCUAUUACAGUUAGUAAUAAUAUGUAUUUGUAU